CCGCUUAUUUUCAAGAUGGCGGAUUUACUGCGAUCUUAGUUUGUAUCUGAAUUUGUAUUUGAAAGCAUAUUGUACGAAUAACUGCAUGAUGAAUGAUGAAAGCAAUUGAAUAAAACUGGUCUGAUAUUUAGAUGAGCAAUUCAGUUGUCAACUUUUAUGAUGAAUUAGGAGUUUCAUCGCAAGCAACUCAAGAAGAAGUAAAAAAGGCUUAUCAACAACAUGUUUUGAAGGUUCACCCAGACAAAGCAGAUAAAAAGCUCUCAGCUUCAGAAAAAGAGGCAAAUCUUCAUCAUUAUCAUAUGAUAAACAAAGCAUGGAAAAUUCUGGGAGAUGAGGAAAAACGUAAACAAUAUGACAAAGGCUUGAGAGAGGAAACUCUUCUUCAAGAAUGGCCUGUGAAUGCAGAAGUGGAUCUUGAUGAUAUGGAACAAAAUGAAGAAACAUGCAGUUUUACAUGGAAAUGCAGAUGCAGUGGACAAUAUGUCAUCACAGAGCAAGACUUGGAAAAAGGCCAAAAUAUUGUUUGUUGUUCAAUAUGUACUCUGUGCAUCAAAGUACUGUAUGCCAUUGUGAGUGAUAACGAAGAUGACGAACAGGAUCAUAAGCCCUAAGAUGGACGAAUAGGUUUCCACUAACAAUUCAUUAUUGGGAGCUUACUUCUACAGUCAAACAAUCACUUUCAUAAGAAACCAUCUCCACCUUCCUCUUGUCAAAGAUAGCAGUUACUGACAGGUUUAUGAGAGAAUUGACUAAAACUAGACAACUGGGUAGUAUUUCAAGUUCCUUACUUUGAUGCUGGGAAUUAUUGCCAAGCCACAUACUCAAAAGUACUAUUUCGUUAUAAAAUAUUAAAAUAAAGUUCUUGAAUAAAAUGAGUUUGGACCAUUCAA